ACACUUUAAUAUUUGCAAAUCCUGAAGAGUGCCAUAUCAACUGAUAGAUGUGAUUCUAUGGAAAGCAUAUUGUAGGACAUUAAAAAGAAAUUCAGUUUGCAUUGCACACCUUUAAAGCAACUAAGGUGAUUGAAAUAAAGACAAUAAGUUGGCAAAGCAGGAUGAAGAAUCAAAAGUUAUUGGUGCUACAAGGAUUUCAAACACAGAUGCUGACAAAGAUGUCAUAAUCCAAGAUGUUGUUGCGAAUGUGAAGUGGCAGAUGUCGCAGAAUCGUAAAACUACAGCCCUGAAACAGUUACAGGGUCAUAUAUGGAAGGAUGCAUAUAAGCUUGGAGAAAUUAAAGGAGAGCUUUUCAGUGAUGUUGUACCUGUUUUGCAACAGCUGAAAGAAAUGGGCAUGAAACACUACAUUUAUUCAUCAGGAAGCAUUGCAAGCCAAAAACUCCUUUUUUCUCACGUACCAGAAGGAAAUAUUAUUGAUCUAUUCUCUGGAUUUUUUGAUACUCUAACUGGCAGUAAAGUGGAGAGUGAGAGUUACAAGAAAAUAGUUGAAGAAAUAAAUGUAAAAGCUGAUGAAAUUAUGUUCCUUACAGAUAAUCCUAAAGAAGUUGCAGCUGCAACAUCUGCUGGUGUCAAGUGUCGUAUUGUUAUCCGAGAUGGAAACGAAGCACUAUCUGAAGAUGAUCUCAGUAAAUUCUGUACAAUUCAUAGUUUCACCGAACUUAUAAAAAAAGAAGAAUCAGAACCCUCAGUUUCUAAAAAGAAGAACUUAAAAACUGAGAAAUAAAACAAAUUUCUACAGGUUUUUUUUAAAAAUUUCAUUAUGUAAACUGAUUUUCAGAAAGAAAUUCAUUUUUGUUGUAAAGUAUAUAUAGUAGAUUAGGGAUCAGUCAUUCAAACUCACCUUCUAUCAUUAUAAUUUUGUAUUUUUUGUAAGUUACUCAGAUACCAGACUAUAUCUGAGUUAAUGAAAGCAAGCUUAUUUUUAAAAUAAAAAUCAACUUUUUCUUUAUAUUUUA